ACCCAAGUCCUAAAAGUUAAAAUUCAUCAUCUGCUACAAUUGCCACCAGAUCAACAUUAUGCCUCUAAACAUAUAUUUCUAUAUACAACAAAAGCUAGCCAAAGUUCAGAUCUUGAUUUUACUGAACUUUUGUCUUUUGCUUCUGAAAAAAUUCAAGAGUCCUUUGAGAGCUCUAAUGGAUAUAAGCCUGAUUUAGAUUUAUCAGAUUGUACUUCUGAAAGUUUUCAAGAAAUGGUUUUUGAAAGAAGCUUUGGUAAUUACAAUUUCAACAAAGAAGCCUUGUGCAUCUGGGCUGCUGAAAAAACACAGCUUUAUUGUUAUGAUUGGAAGAUGAAAAAAGUGAAUCCAAUGAAAAAAUCACUUUUGACUAGUAGAUUAAAAAGAAAGCCUGUACAAGAAUUCGGUUCUCCCACUUACUUUUUGUGCUUUGAAUAUGCAAGAUGA